AUGGAGAGGGGGCGCCAAUUUUAUAGUUUGUUCCCGGGCGCAAAAUACCCUGGCUACGCCUCUGUGCUGUCUGGAAUGGUUUGCCUAGGGAUCUUAGUCAUUCUGCAUUGUCUGUUGUUCAGUUUCGUAAAAGGGUGUUGGGGUCCAUCGGGUCGAGAACCUCGAUACAUAUUGGCAAAAAUUCCAUCGUUUUCAUAUUUUUUCAUUUUUUCGUCCGCUGCCCUGGCUGCGGCCAAACCACAUUCUUUAAUUAUCAGAUUUACAUAUCGUUCGGCAAGGGUGCCAGGGACCGUAACGUUCUACGUCAAACAUCUACCGGCUCUCCAAGCUGCUAGUGUGCAUCCAUCGGGGCGCUUACCAUCGUGCACUGAAAUGCCGGAUGGUUCCUUGAAAACUGGAAUCGAAGCCUUAGAGAAGAGACGGUAA